ACUACUCCUCCAUAAGUAGAGAUUGAGUCCUCAGCCUUUUUGCAUUCCAUUCUCUCCCCUCUCUCUCAUAUCCCCAUAUUAUAUACUUAGAUUCUUAUAUAUCCUCUCAAUUUCUUUCCUUUUCACUUUCAACCCUAUACUCUCUCUCUCUCUCUCUCUCUCUCUGAUAAACAACCAUCUUCAACUUGUUUCCGAGUUUCAUUUUUCAUGGCGAGUGAAGUCACAAGUAUCAAAUAUGAAGAGGAAUUCAUAUUGAACUCAAGAGGAAUGAAGCUUUUCACGUGCAGAUGGCUGCCUGAAAAUUGUGAACCAAAAGCUCUAAUCUUCUUGUGUCAUGGAUAUGGCAUGGAGUGCAGCAUCUCAAUGAAAGGCACCGGAAUCCGACUCGCCAACGCCGGAUUCGGAGUCUAUGGGAUGGACUAUGAAGGCCAUGGAAAAUCAUCUGGCCUUCAAGGCUAUGUCCCCUGCUUCGACGAUCUUGUCUCCGACUGUUCUGAUCAUUUUUCAAGCGUUUGUGAGAGGAAGGAAAACAAGAAAAAGAUGAGAAUUAUAAUGGGAGAAUCGAUGGGAGGAGCGGUGGUUCUUCUCCUGCAUAGAAAGAAGCCGGACUUCUGGGAUGGUGCCGUCUUGGUUGCACCCAUGUGUAAGAUUGCUGAUAAUGUAAGCCCAAGUCCUCUGGUGAUCACUGUUUUGACCAAGCUUUGCCGGAUCAUUCCAACGUGGAAAAUUGUACCAACACAAGAUAUUAUUGAUAUCGCCUUUAGAGAUCCUCAAAUUAGAGAAGAGAUUCGAUCCAACCCUUAUUGCUACAAAGGAAGACCACGCCUGCAAACCGGCCAACAACUUUUGACAGUGAGCUUAGAUCUCGAGAAAAGACUUCAAGAGGUUUCAGUACCAUUUCUGAUUGUCCAUGGAGGAGAUGACCAAGUUACUGAUCCAGCCGUUAGCAAGCUUCUUUACGAGACGGCUUCGAGCACGGACAAGACCUUCAAGUUGUAUCCCGGAAUGUGGCAUGCUCUCACCUACGGGGAGUUGCAGGAAAACACAGAUACCGUGUUCUCGGACAUCAUCAGUUGGCUGGACGAGAAAGUUGCCUCAGGAAAUUCUAGGUUGGAGAGAGAACAGAAAUACAAACACGACAAUGGCUCCGAAGCCAACUCUAGUAAACAAUAACCCCUAGAACUACCAAUAUCUCCGAUAACGAGAAUCUAAUCAUGAAAAAUAUUUAAAUUAAAUAAGGGUGGUAAUGUUUUGAUGAAUGAAAAAACAUCAGUGUCGGUAGGAGAGGAUGUUUUAGGGUCUAAUGGACUCAUUCUAAGUUGGAGUGAGCUUAUUAUUGUGGUAGGAUGUUGGUGAAUUGGUGAUACCCUUGCAAAGCAUGUACAAAGGCUUAGUUACAAGUUUGUCCAAAGUGAUUCAUUUAAUUAUAUGAGCUUAAUAAAAUCAUAUAUUGUUAUUGUCUUCA